AUGGGAAUUCCAAAUACUCCGGAUCUAAAGCAGAUGCUGGAGGAUGAAAGUUUUAGUGAUUUAGAGACCGAACGAAAUAUGAUCCGAGAGGAAGCUCGAAAUAACAUUCAAGAGUUUGAUAUGGCACGUACAAAAACAGACCGAAAAGUGGGUUCGCAUUCUUCAGAGCAGAUGCAAGCUGCUCUCGAUUUGAUCGAGAAAGGGAAAAGCAUCAGGGAAGCUGCAAAAUUAAAAAAAUUAUCGUUUACAACCCUGUAUCGGUAUUACAAAAAAAUUAAAAACAAUCCAGAACAAGCGAACAUCAGACUUGUUCCGAACUAUGAAAUUAACAAAGUUUUUACCGACGCUCAAGAGCAGACUCUAAUAGCCUAUCUGAAGGAAUCCGCCUAUCUUUUUUAUGGCCUUUCCAACAUUGAUUGCCGAAAGCUGGCUUAUGAAACAGCUUUAAUAAAUAAAAUCAAAGUUCCCGAGAGCUGGACGAAAAACCAAAUGACAGGCAUCGACUGGUUGAAAGGUUUUCGAGCCCGACAUCGAGAUGUCUCAUUGAGAAUCCCUGAGAGCUGCAGUUUAGCACGGGCAACGGGAUUUAAUAAAUUCAAUGUUGACCUAUAUUUCAACAAUCUGGAGAGGGUUUUAAUUAGACAUCCACAAUUUUCCAACGGGACAAGAAUUUUUAAUUUGGACGAAACUGCCACCACAACCGUUCAAAAACCUUUAAAAAUUCUAGCCCCGAAAGGAAUACGGUGCAUUUCUAAGGUUACCAGUGGGGAAAGAGGCACUUUGUCAACAACAUGUGCAAUAACUUGCGCAAGUGGAAUAGCGCUUCCACCCGUAAUUGUUUUUCCCAGAAAGAAUUUCAAAAAUCAUAUGCUACACGGCACACCACCCGGUACUUUAGGUUUGGCUACUCCAAGUGGAUGGAUGAACUCGGAACUCUUUCCAGAAGUGAUGAGGCAUUUUAUACAACACAGUUGUUCAUCUAAAGAAAACCCUUCGCUUUUAUUGCUUGGCAACCAUGAGUCUCACCUUUCAAUUGAAUACUUGGAAUUAGCGAAAACUAACGGCGUAACCAUGCUAACCCUGCCACCUCAUUCAUCCCACAAAACUCAGCCUCUCGAUGUGGGUCUGUUCAAGCCAUUUAAAAGCAUCUAUAACGCGUGCAUGGAUUCCUGGAUGAUGAGGCAUCCAGGUCAGCCCGUUACCAUAUAUGACGUGGGUGCUUUAGUUGGUGAGGCAUAUCAAAAAUCUAUGACGCCGACAUCAAUCACAAAUGCUUUCAAGAAAACAGGCAUACAGUAA